AUGGCUCCCAUCGCAGUCACACCUCCCAACCACAACGAGACCGUCACCAAUCUCACACAAGCCGGCAUCAAAUCGGCGCUCCUCAAGAAUGCGCCUGAGCAAGUAAACUCGGCCUCCCUCACAACCUCCACCACAGCUACACCGCCAAAUGAGCUUCAAGUCCAGCAAAAGGAAAUCGUCGAUGCGCCUCUCGCAAGUCUCGAUGCCUCAAAAGUCACAUGCACCUACACCACCACACCCCGCACCGUCCCCGCGGUAGGCUCAGCGGAAAUGGCGAGCCAAAAGGUGUGCACCGACCACAUGGUUCAAGCCAAGUGGACCGUCGAGUCUGGCUGGGAAGCACCAACAGUACAGCCCUACGGCCCCAUUUCUCUUGCACCUACAGCAUCAUGCCUACACUACGCAACCGAGUGCUUCGAAGGCAUGAAGCUCUACCGCGGCUACGACGGCAAACUGCGCCUCUUCCGACCGGACCUCAACUGCCGCCGCAUGCUCAUGUCCACGAACCGCAUCGCGCUGCCCGCCUUUGACCCCGAGGAACUUCUCAAGCUCAUCGUCAAGCUGUGUGCUACCGAUGGAAAGAAGUGGCUGCCCAAGGACCGACCAGGCCAGUUCUUGUACAUUCGUCCUACAAUGAUUGCCUCGGACCCUGCUCUUGGUGUUGAGCGACCAAAGGAGGCGCUGCUGUUCGUCAUCCUGUGCUGCUUUGCGCCCAUGGGCGACAUGAGCGGUGGUAUCAAACUCCUCGCUUCUCAGGACGACAUGUGCCGUGCCUGGCCUGGCGGUUUCGGUUAUGCUAAGGUCGGUGCCAACUAUGGCCCCUCGCUUGUUGCUCAGGGCGAGGCGAGAAAGAGGGGUUACCACCAAAUCCUUUGGCUGUUCGGCGAUGACUGCACAAUCACUGAGGCGGGCGCCAGCAACUUCUUCGUCGUGUGGAAGACCAAGGAGGGCAGGCUUCAGCUCAUCACUGCGGAUCUGAACGAGCGUAUCGUCCUGGACGGUGUUACGCGUCGCUCCAUCCUCGAGCUUGCACGCGAGCGCCUCGUCUCUUCUGCGCCAUCGGACCUUGAGACACUCGAAGUUGUAGAGCGCAAGUUCAACGUCUUUGAGAUUGAGGAGGCAGCCAAGGAGGACCGUUUGGUCGAGGCUUUCGCCGCAGGUACGGCUUGGUUCGUUGCACCCAUCAGCCAGAUCCACUUCCGCGGCAAGGACAUUGAGGUUCCCAUGGUCAAGGGCGAUUCUGGCGCGUAUGCCAGCUUUUUCAAGAACUCGCUCAAGGGUAUCAUGUGGGGCAGUGACGGCAUGGAGAGCCACGCGUGGGGCCGUGUUGUUGACGAGGAGUAG